CCUCGCGGAGGCUGAGCGCCGGCGGCGCGGCCAUGGCGUCGUUGGCCGACCGGGUGCGCGGCCACGGGCGCAUCGCCGCCGGGCUGCUGCUCAACCUGCUGGUGUCCAUCUGCAUCGUGUUCCUCAACAAGUGGAUCUACGUGCACCACGGCUUCCCCAACAUGAGCCUGACCCUCGUGCACUUCGUGGUCACCUGGCUCGGCCUCUACGUCUGCCACAAGCUCGACGUCUUUGCCCCCAAGAGCCUGCCGCCCUCGCGGCUCGUGCUCCUGGCGCUCAGCUUCUGCGGCUUCGUGGUCUUCACCAACCUCUCCCUGCAGAACAACACCAUCGGCACCUACCAGCUGGCCAAGGCCAUGACCACGCCGGCCAUCAUCGUCAUCCAGACCCUCUGCUACGGGAAGACCUUCUCCACCAGAGUCCGGCUCACGCUGAUUCCUAUAACUUUAGGUGUAAUCCUAAAUUCUUACUACGAUGUGAAGUUUAAUUUCCUUGGAAUGGUGUUUGCUGCUCUUGGUGUUGUAGUUACAUCCCUUUAUCAAGUGUGGGUGGGAGCCAAGCAGCACGAACUGCAGGUGAACUCGAUGCAGCUGCUGUACUACCAGGCUCCCAUGUCGUCUGCCAUGCUGCUGGUCGCUGUGCCCUUCUUUGAGCCGGUGUUUGGAGAAGGAGGUAUAUUCGGUCCCUGGUCAGUUUCUGCUUUGCUUAUGGUGCUGCUGUCUGGAGUAAUAGCUUUCAUGGUGAACUUAUCAAUUUAUUGGAUCAUUGGGAACACCUCACCAGUCACCUAUAACAUGUUCGGCCACUUCAAGUUCUGCCUCACUCUGUUUGGAGGAUAUGUCCUGUUUAAGGACCCGCUGUCCGUCAAUCAGGGUCUCGGCAUGUUGUGCACGUUAUUCGGCAUCCUUGCCUACACCCAUUUCAAACUCAGCGAACAGGAAGGAACUAAGAGUAAAUUGAUACAACGUCCUUAACCAGAUUUUUGUGGAGAAAAGAAAGUCACCCCAAGAAGAUAAAAAAAGUUUAGUGCACGAGUUACUUUCAAAGAAGAAAAAAAUGCUGCAGAAUUCAUUGAGUGAUGGUUUGCAAGAAGGAACACAAAGGAAAUUUUAUUCAUAAAUAUGACUUUCUCUUUUACAGAACCUUUUUUAAAAAACUUAAUUCUCUAAAACAAUGGCUCAUGCUUCUUUUCAAAGAUGAGUGUAUGAAGUCGGGUGGGGGGGGCCGGUGUGGUCACACCAGUGAGGUCGUGGAUACGGUUCUGCAGCAGGGGCUGAGGCAGCUGUGGGCCUGUCCGACGGCCGUGAGGCGGCCAUGUGUGUGCACGGUCCUCUGAAGAAGGCCACACGGGCUGCCCCCCCUGCCGUAGGGGGGCCCCAAUGUGAGCGAGAGUAUGAUCUUGCCAAAGUGUUCAAGUCAGAAUUUAAAUCUACCAUUUCUGUUUUAGCUGGUUUAGUUUAACUUCCUGUUUAUUUAUAGAAAUGAAGUAUCAUUUAUAGAAAGGAAAGUGGAGUAAAGAAGAGCAAAAGACAAAAUCCACUUCUAAAAGUACCUUUUUCUAGUAGGAAAUUGCUGUAAGGAGUUACACGUGGUAAAAAAGCUGCAGUUCAGGUAGGUAUUCUCUUGUUUCUGAGCUCUCAGUGAACUCUAGAAACGAUGAAUGGAGUUAAAAACAAGGCAGCUCCGUGUUUGAAUGGCCCGAAGACCGUCGGUGGAGCUGAGCAGGUUUCUUUCUGUCCUGGUGGCUGUUCUCCGGCCUCUGAGCAGGUCACAUCGGAGAUUUCUCGGCACCCCCUCCCUGCUGGUGCUCCCCACUGCGGCUGAGGUGUCCACGGAGCCAUCUCUGACACUGAAGGAUCUGUGACUGUCCAGCCUUUCUGAGGUGGCCGAGGGACACUUACGCAGCAGGUCAGGGCAGAUGCUGUCUCAACACUAAGCAGAAAGCUGGUGAAAAUAUGAGGAAAGAGGGGGAAGAGAAGCAGGAAAAUAGCCAAUACUUGACUAGUUCCUUGAGUUUUUAAAGGGAUAAUUUUACAAAAUUAGGGUACGAGGGAAAUCCAUGAUUUCCACUUAAGGAAAUUUAGUGCCAUAUGUUUAAUCGCAGAACGUCCUUCUGCCUUCCACCUUCUUGACAUUUGAGCAUUAACAGCAGUUGCUGGGGGCGGCCCGGUGGUGCAGCGGUUAAGUGCCCAUGUUCCGCUUCGCCAGCCCAGGGUUUGCUGGUUCGGAUCCCGGGUGCGGACGUGGCACCACUUGGCAAAGCGUGCUGUGGUAGGCGUCCCACAUAUACAGUAGAGGAAGAUGGGCACAGAUGUUAGCUCAGGGCCAGUCUUCCUCAGCAAAAAGAGGAGGAUUGGCAGCAGUUAGCUCAGGGCUAAUCUUCCUCAAAAAGAAAAAAGCAGUUGUUGAUAACCUCUCACGAUAAAUUGACUGAGACAGGUAAUCCUCUUGUAAUAUUUCUUUUUCUAAAUGUUAUUUGUAAGCUUUAAAUGAGAAGACGACUCUUAAGAGGACAAAGAGCCAUGUGUAUAAAAUACACCUUUUAGGGUUUUGUCUUGGCCUGUUUGAAAUGAAAAGCCACUGAAAAUCUAUUUUGACGGGGAUUUCAACACAUCAUUCUGUUAUAUGAUUACUGUAUGUGAUUGUGUUUCUGUUUUAAAUCUUCUUUGGUUCUUCUCAGUUUCCAAAGAUGUAUUUUAUCGUGCUAGGAAGUACGAAGCAAUUUGUCUCACCAGAUGAGCCUCAGGCCUUAACGUUUGUCUAAGUAAUGUUCUCUGUGUAUGUUUAAAUUAACAUAUAAUUAUUUCCCCAAGGCAGGAGACAGCAUUUCAGCACAGUGAGGAUUGUGUGACUUCCGUGCGCUGACAGCUGUGUUGGUUGUGCCACGUACAAGUUCUUCUCGACUGUAAAUGCAGCGUGUGUGUGUGGGGGGCGGGGGGGGGGGGUUGUAACAAAUGGUGUCAGUAGGAAGGCAGUGAACGGUUGGAGCAAGAUAGGCUGGGUACGUACCUGGAAGUGGAUAAAGUAUGUGCUACUGGAACUGGAAUCUGACCCACAUUCCUUGCGCUGAAGAUGCUCUUCCCACUGAAAAGGAAGUUUCUUGGGGAAAACUGCACCAGUUGACCGGGACCAACGACAGAGACAGACCGGAAGGCAGGGCCGUGGAGGCACACGCUGUCCUGUUCCCGAUGGAGCCGCACUUGUUUCUUUAUCCUCUGUUAAGUGACCGAACUUCACUUUUUACCCGUUACAAAUAAAGAGAACCUGAUGUUUGUA